AUGGCAGCCAAGACCAUCAUUGUGACAGGAGCCUCAAGAGGCAUCGGUCUUGCAGUGGCUAAGUAUCUGCUUACGGCGCCUCAAUCCCACAAUGUUGUGGUAGUAGCCCGCAGCGUUGAGCCCCUCCAAAAGCUGAAGGAACAAUAUGGCAAGCAGGUGGCAGUUGUGAAUGGCGACUUGUCAGACUUCUCUCUUCCCCAAAAGGCCGUUGACACAGCUAUCAGCACAUUUGGCGGACUCGACGGAAUGGUCCUCAACCACGGCGUGCUAGGCCAGGUCGGCAAAAUCGCCGACUCCGAUCCUCAGCAGUGGAAAGAAGCCUUUGAUAUCAAUUUUAUCAGCCUAGUCGCUUUCGCCACAGCGGCUCUCCCGGCUCUCCGUGAGUCCAAGGGAAAAAUUAUUUUCACGUCUUCUGGAGCAGCUGUCAACGCUUACCGUGGUUGGGCUCUCUAUGCUGCCACCAAGGCCGCCAUGAACAACUUUGCCAUGAGCCUGGGUGCUGAAGAACCCGACGUCACCUCAGUGUCUAUCAGGCCUGGUAUGGUUGACACCGAAAUGCAACGAGCUCUGCGGGAAGACCAUGCUACAGCAUUGGAUGCCGAGAUGCACUCCAAAUUCACUGGCGUCCACAAGGAUGGCAAGUUGCUCAAGCCCGAGCAGCCCGGUCAUGUCAUGGCCAAGCUGGUGCUCGAUGCGCCUAAGGAAAUCAGCGGUCGUUUCUACUCAUGGAACGACAAGGACCUCGAGGGUUUCCAGGAAUAA